AUGGCAACUGCCAGCACGCGCAGAGAACGUGCCACCCAGUGGCGCCGUCCCGUUGUGCAGCUCAGCAAGCCGCUGGGGCUCGUGCUCGAGGAGGACAAGAAGACGAAGAGCAUUCGCGUCGCUGAGAUCGUGCCGGGAAGCAGUGCAGCGCGUACGGGCCUGGUGACGGUCGGGGACACGCUCGUGGCCACCAGCGGCUACGUCUACACGCGGGAGAGCACCUACCAGGACACCGUGGUGAAGAGCGGGCAGCAGCUGGUGCGGCUGGCGGUGCGCGGGGAGAGGUUCGAGACGGUGAUGGCGGCCAUCGGCUCGCACCCCGGCCACGUCCCAGUCACGCUCGAGCUGCAGAAGUGCAAGUAG